AUGAAUCGAUUAUUCCGAUUCGAUUCACACGACGGAGUUUUGCUUAAACAAGAUCUGGAGAAGGAGGAAGCAGAGGAGCAAGUGGUGGUUGAUGACGCGACGGCGGCGACGGUGGUAGUGUUGAUUUUGUUCGGUUUACCGGUGAAGAUCGAGUUUAAGAAAGUAGAGAGACGACCACCUGGAGAAAUCGGUUGUUUAACUUUCUUCAAAUCGCUAUAG